GUUUGAGUGCGGUAAUUCAAAAAAUAAGUCUCCGCGGGCGACAAGCACACUUGACCGAAGCACACUCGAAUCGGAAGGGUCGAGCACUCGGGAAUAACAAUUAAUAACGUCAGUCGACCUACCAGCGAUCCUCUGGCUACUCGAGAGCCUCCAGGGAUUAUGUGAAUGCGGAGGGCGUCUAGCAUUCGUCGACCGAUCUUCCGCUCCGACGUGUCGGCGACGCUGGUAACGAGUGAAGGGAGUGAGUGAUCGCGAGAAUUCAUCUUAUCUUUUGACUUCGAAAAGAAAUUAAAAAAAAAAAGUCGAAAUUGUGCGAAAAAAGACAAGAUAGUGAAUUUACACGGUGACAAUUUGUAACAUGUGACGCGCGAUGAGCUUUCUCGUGUGUGAAAAUCAAUGAUUAUGAGGAAGAAAAUUGGAAAAAUUUGAAGAAGAAACAUUGCGUAUCUAGAAAGAACAGUUUCGAGGCAGUUUUCGUUGUGACAAUUGCGAGGUUCUCUACGAGAAAGGAUAAUAUUGAAACGCGGAGUAAUGGAGGAGGAUAAGCGCAGCGAAGCGUCGCCAAAACCUUCUCAACCGACUCCCUUCAGCAUCGCCGACAUUCUAAGUCGGAGGACUUCUUGCGCGGAUUCGAGGAGAUGCGAUUUCGAGAAAAUUCAGGCCGCCGUUUCCACGCCGACGAAGAGACAGAAUCGCGAGUACGAGCGCGUGGAACACGAGCAGCCUGACGGAAGCUACGAUCACGAUCAGAUAAUUCAUUAUCCGCGAUUACCCACCCCAGAAUUGAACAUGGCGCACGAGCUUGAUAUUCUGAGGAGAAACCUGGCGCAAGCUAACCUGUCAAAUUUCAGCGGCAUCCCGCACUUGACCCAGGGCACUUUCAAACAUCACCUCGAGACGCUGGGAAAUCUAACAACGUAUCAGCCUGUCAAGGAACCGAUGGAAACUUCUCACAGGCAGCAGGACGAAGCGUUGGACAUGAGCAAAAAUAAGUAUUUAGACGAGACAGAGGAUGACGCAUAUGAAUCGCAGAAUUCAGGGCAAAGUUUGCAGAGCAGGAAAAAGCGCAGUAGAGCGGCAUUCUCGCAUGCACAGGUUUACGAACUAGAAAGAAGGUUUGCCGCUCAGAAAUACCUGUCAGGACCGGAAAGGGCAGAUUUGGCACGUGGCUUGAAAUUGACAGAGACGCAAGUCAAGAUCUGGUUUCAGAAUCGACGGUACAAAACCAAGCGGCGCCAACAGCAGGAAUUAGGCGCCCUCGUAAAUUCUGGGAGCGCCAGGCGCGUGGCUGUACGCGUCCUCGUACAUCAGGACGAACAUUUGAGGGGAUUGCCUCUUCGCGGUUCCGGGCAACUUCCCGGACAAAUGUCGGGUCCGCAAAUGCAUCCCGCGAACAAAGCGCUCGGCGGUUUCCCGUAUUAUUGUCUGCCGUAUCACCCGCUGCUCUGCCCGCCCUUACAUACCGCUCAUAUUCAGGUACAAAGCCCGAUCACGCCCGAUUUUGAUCCAAACCAAAUUUCGAAAAUCAAAGACGAGAAAUAAACGAUAGACUGCUCCCGGAAGUGCCGAUUAUCGCGUGCCAUAUCGAAACGAGUGCUUCAGGGAUUAAUGCGAAAUAUCAUCAUUUAGGACGAUGACAUUUUAAAUCAGUCGUGAAGUGUUGAAGAGAUCUUUUUUCCAAAAAUUUCAAUUUAUCUGAGAAAUGAGUUGAAAGACUUAAAGUAAGAGCAUGCUCAACCAUGUCAAAAUAAAAUUGUGACACUCUAGUCUUAUACUUAUUUAGAUUAUAAUUAAAAAAUGUUUUACAUUAUUUUUAAAAUUUGUUCAGACGAAAUUCAAUAUCACGUUAUCGCAAAGUCUUUCAACUGCAUUUAUGAGCAUUUUAUCAAGGGAAAAAUACUUUUUUAGUAUCAUAAUAACAUGCAUGAUAACUGGAUUCACGAAUCAUCUUAUCGAGCUAUCUGAAAUCAUCGUAUUUAUUGUAAUUCAAUAACAGUAUAGCAAGAAUCAUGUAAAUUAGCCUGUAAAUAAGUGUAUAAAAAUGCAAAAAUAUUGGGUCUUCUCUAUUUUUUUCUGUUAUCUGAGAUAUUAAGCUUUAAAUUUAAGAAAUAGAGAAAAUUCAGAAAAAAUUUUCAGUGUGCUAGUUUACUGCUUUUGUUAAUCGUUUGAUGUUUUUAACUUUCGUUUUAAACUUUCGUUUUUAACUGAUCGUUUUUAACUUUAAAGUUGCAUAUCUCGAAAAAAAAGAAGGGAUGACGUUACUUAAUUAUUGCACUGUCCCCAAUUUCCGUGCUUUUUACGGUAAUUACAAGAAUAAUUUUUUAUGUAGAAAUUGCAGAGCAUGAUUUUUAAAUGAAAAAAUGGUAAAAGUAAAAGAAUAUGUUCUACGAAUUGUCAACGGAAUGUGUGCAAUUAUUAGCGGAAUGUGUGCAAUGUAAAAAGUAUGAAUUAAUUCUUUAAUGCUAAUAAAAUUUGUUCAACGUACGUCAUGAGUGUACCAUGUUCAAACACAAUUUAUCGUUUAAGUACACCCAGAUGAUGGCGUAAAUGUCUUUAAAUAUAU